GAUUUUAAGCUCCGCAGCAUCGUUACUUAGAAUCUCCAACACCAGCGAUCAUAGAAAUGAAGGACAACUUAAUUUUCGUUUUCGUGGUCCUUCUGGUAUUUUCCACCUCUUUCAAUCUCGCCAGAUGCUCGGUCCGCCAGCACUUCGAAUACGCUAGAGGAGGUCAAAAGAUAAAAGCGAACGACAGGCGUUCCUUCGGGCUGAUACCGGUUCCUAGGACCGGCCGCAAUUCGGAACUGCUGAGCCUACCAAGAUCGGACCGAGCACAAGGGAUGCUGCAUUAUCCUCGGGUCGGACGAUCCGAUGCGUCGGGCUUCGGUAACCUGAAUCGAUUUCACGACCUGUCACCCGAAACCGACGUCGAGUUCUACGCUGUGCGCGACAUGGAUCCCGACGCCCUUGUAGACCUUGAUUACGAAGAUGGAGCACGCGAGUAUGCGAACAAACUAAUGGCGUUGAGGCGUGCCGACAAAACACCGAGGAACAGUAUCUGGCUGAUAACCGACCACAUGCACGGACACAAGGACCCCCGUUCGGCGCAAAAGAUCGACGAUUCCCGAUUGUACUAUUCUAUUCUGCGAGAUUCUCGAAAUACUCAAGGUCAAGGAGGUUACACGCCGAGAUUGGGUCGCGAGAAUGAGCGCGACGCGGCGAGUUUCCUGUAGGUCGUCCACUUUUUGAUCGUGUGUCAUUUUGAUCACGUAUUCGAUGGAUGUGUCGUUCCCGUGGGAGAGAGAGGGAGAAAAGGAAUUUACCGUAUCAUUACCAGGACUGCGACUCGACGCUUCCGGUUGUUUCCCCACAUUUUCAUCGGCGAGACGCCUGUGCACUUUGUAUUCCCGCAUUAUGCAACACAAUACAUGGUCUGCAUUCAAGUACCGCAGUUCCUAUGAUCUUACACGUCCCUUGUGCCAUCGCGAGCGCCGGUCUUCCCGACGAGGAAGCUCGAUCGCGCGAAAUUCGGCAACCUCGCCCCAGAUUUUCCCCCGAAGACAUACGAGCCCACCCUAGCUGAUCCCACGUUGGCUCGUUUCUCUUCCUGUUUUCUUUUUGUAUAAAACAUUGAAUGAAAAUAAACGUUUGGUUAAUAUUGUA